AUGAGGCUAGAUGUCGGAGGUGGUUUGAGCGUCGUUAGGGUUGAUAGGGAGUUUAUCAUUGAUUAUCUUUUGAGGAAAAUUAACAAUCAAGCGCUACCUAUCAAGAUUUUGGAAACAUAUGUCUACUCUGGACAUCCGUCAUCUGUUACAGCGAACCAUCCUCAAAUUGUUGAGGGCGAAUGGUUGUUUUUCUCACCAAGAGACCACCGCCGCUCCCAUUAUCGGAGGUCUAGGGAAAAUGGGAAUGGAGAAUGGAAAUGGAAACACAAGCUAACCCUACGUGAUGAGGUUGGGGAAAUCGGUGUCAAGAACCCAUUCUAUUAUCGUGAAGGCCUACCACCUGCUCCAACGACUAAUACCUCAUGGCAGAUGGCGAAGUAUGUACUUAAUGGGGCCAGAACGCAAUCUCCAAAUCACUUUGUGCUUUCUAUAAUCUACAGAAAUACCCAACGAGGACCAAGUAACAAUGCAGUGGUUGAUUGUAGUGUAGGAACAUCUCAAACUUCUUCUCAAUUGCGUAUUGGCGAAACGGAAAAUCUCGCACAACCUCCACCAUGGGUAUCUGAGUCUGAAGGGGUCGGAUAUUAA